CGAUCGAUCGAUCACUGCGAUCCUCUUCGCCGCACAACUCGAUCUUUGAGUGACGAGCUAGGUGCAGGCCUGUAGCUACCGAAGCUUAAUAAUUAAGCGAUGGCGGUGAGCUCCAAGAGGGAGGCCUGCGUGCUGGCGGUUCUCGUGGGGCUCUGCAUUGCCGCGCGGACGGUGGUCGCCGGGGGCAGGAUCGACGACGGGCUGGUGCUGGACUGGGGCCACGGGAACGUGUCGCCGGACGGGCAGGUCAUCUCGCUGUACCUCGACCGGGACUCCGGCGGCUCGGGCUUCCGGUCCAAAGAAACGUACAUGUACGCCCGCACCGACCUGCAGAUCAAGCUCGUCCCCAACAACUCCGCCGGCACCGUCACCACCUGCUACUUCAUGUCGGAGGGGUCAUGGGCGAACCACGACGAGAUCGACCUGGAGUUCCUAGGCAACCUCAGCGGCCAGCCCUACACGCUCCACACCAACAUCUACAUCAACGGCAGCGGCCAGAAGGAGCAGCAGUUCCACCUCUGGUUCGACCCUACCACCGACUUCCACACCUACUCCAUCGUCUGGACUUCCCUGCACAUCCUUGUGCUGGUGGACGGCACGCCGAUCCGGGAGUUCAGGAACAACGCGAAUAAGGGCGUGGCGUACCCGUCGUCGCAGCGGAUGCGGCUGUACGGGAGCCUGUGGGACGCCGAGGACUGGGCCACGCAGGGCGGCCGCGUCAAGGCGGACUGGUCGGCGGCGCCCUUCGUCGCGCAGUACCGCAACUUCACCGCCACCGCGUCGUCGCCGGGAGGGUACUCCUACUACGACCAGGAGAUGGACGCGACGGCGCAGCAGAACAUGAAGUGGGCGAGGGACAACUACAUGGUCUACAACUACUGCGCCGACACCAAGAGGUUCUCCAACGGCUCGCCGCCCGAGUGCUACAUGCCGUAGAGAUCCAGUUAAGGCUCCCCAUCGGGUGCACUUUGAGUGCAGACUCGAUGGAUUACACAUAGAGCAGAGUGCAGUAGGGGAAAAGGGUAUACACCCAUGGUAGCGUUGACCUUAUUUCUUGUCAGGACCGAUUCAUUCUUUUAUUGUAAAAAAUAAGAGUAAAUAGCAAAAUGCAUACACGAUUUCGACAA